AGAGGUGCGACAGGAUGGUGGGGCGAAAUCUGGCAGCUGCAGUUCUUGUAGGGAGUCACGGAGAGUAGAGGCCCCGGGAGGCGGAGAAGCAGCAGACGGGAACCAUGGCGGCGGUGGUGGCGGCGGCCUCAGUGCGGGCUCGGAUCCUGCAGGUUUCUUCCAAGGUGAGCUCCACUUGGUAUCCAGCAUCCUGCUUCUCCUCUUCUUCAGCGCCAACUGUAAAGCUCUUCAUUGAUGGGAAAUUUGUGGAAUCCAAAAGCGACAAGUGGAUCGACAUCCACAACCCAGCCACCAAUGAGGUCAUUGGCCGGGUCCCUCAGGCCACCAGGGCUGAAAUGGAUGCAGCUGUUGCUUCCUGCAAACGUGCUUUUCCCGCUUGGGCAGACACUUCAGUAUUAAGCCGUCAGCAGGUCCUGCUUCGCUAUCAACAACUCAUUAAAGAAAACUUGAAAGAAAUUGCCAGGUUAAUCACGCUGGAACAAGGGAAGACCCUAGCAGAUGCUGAAGGAGAUGUAUUUCGAGGCCUUCAGGUGGUUGAGCAUGCCUGUAGUGUGACAUCCCUCUUGCUGGGAGAGACCAUGCCAUCCAUCACCAAAGACAUGGACCUUUAUUCCUACCGCCUGCCUCUGGGGGUGUGCGCAGGCAUUGCUCCGUUCAAUUUCCCGGCCAUGAUCCCCCUUUGGAUGUUUCCCAUGGCCAUGGUAUGUGGCAAUACCUUCCUGAUGAAACCAUCAGAGCGAGUGCCUGGAGCAACUAUGCUUCUUGCUAAGUUGCUCCAGGACUCCGGUGCCCCCGAUGGAACGCUGAACAUCAUCCAUGGACAGCAUGAAGCUGUAAACUUUAUUUGUGAUCAUCCGGAUAUCAGAGCCAUCAGCUUCGUGGGAUCCAACCAGGCUGGAGAGUACAUCUUUGAGAGAGGGUCAAGACAUGGCAAGAGAGUUCAAGCCAAUAUGGGAGCCAAGAACCAUGGGGUGGUUAUGCCAGAUGCCAAUAAGGAAAACACCCUGAACCAGCUGGUUGGGGCAGCAUUUGGAGCUGCUGGUCAGCGCUGCAUGGCUCUUUCAACAGCGAUCCUUGUGGGAGAAGCUAAGAAGUGGCUGCCGGAGCUGGUGGAGCGUGCCAAAAACCUGAGAGUCAAUGCAGGAGACCAGCCUGGAGCUGAUCUUGGCCCUCUGAUCACCCCCCAGGCCAAAGAGCGAGUCUGUAAUCUGAUUGAUAGCGGAACAAAGGAGGGAGCCUCCAUCCUUCUGGAUGGUCGAAAAAUUAAAGUCAAAGGCUAUGAAAAUGGCAACUUUGUUGGACCAACCAUCAUCUCAAAUGUCAAGCCGAACAUGACCUGUUACAAAGAGGAGAUUUUUGGUCCGGUUCUUGUGGUUCUGGAGGCAGACACUUUGGAUGAAGCCAUUAAGAUUGUAAAUGAUAACCCAUAUGGAAAUGGAACCGCCAUCUUCACCACCAAUGGAGCCACUGCGCGGAAAUACUCCCACUUGGUAGAUGUUGGGCAGGUGGGUGUGAACGUCCCCAUUCCGGUGCCUUUACCGAUGUUCUCGUUCACUGGCUCCCGGUCCUCCUUCAGGGGAGACACCAAUUUCUAUGGCAAACAGGGCAUCUACUUCUACACUCAGCUAAAGACCAUCACUUCUCAGUGGAAAGAGGAAGAUGCUACUCUCUCUUCACCUGCUGUAGUGAUGCCUACUAUGGGCCGUUAGACACAGUUUAUUCCAGACUCAGUCCAUCCUGAGUCAUCUGUUGUUCUUGACUGCCUUCAUUUGCCAACUUUGAUCAGAUCAGAGGCCUGGGAAUGGAAUACCUUGUAACUAAAAUCUUUCUCGGGACCCUUAGCCCCUGCGAAGUUGCUACAGGGAGACUCCUAGGGUAACUCUGAAACCGUGUUUUCACUUACUCUUCAUACUUCCCUUUCUGAGGUAACUGUUGUUAACUGUGAAAUGCUUAUCUGGAAUGAGAGCUUAGAUCUGUUUUCCAGAAAUUCUCCCCUUUUCUGAUGACCUGAUGGGAAGAUUAGUGUUUGUAAAGAUCCCCCAUAAGUGGAAGAGGACCUCUUGGAUUGGGAAAUAGGAUGGAAAUAAUUCACCCUCUGGUUGGCCCUCAAACACAGGCUUGCACCAGUGGGGGAGACCCUGGUGCCAGGCUCUUCUGAGCCUCUCACCUCACACUAACCAAGUUAUAGUCCGUUUCUACUUAUCCCACAAUUGUGACAGCUGCUUCUCUCUUUUUGCUGAAUGCCACUUUGUCCUAGUGAUUCAUGACCACUGAAUUCUAUCAUUGUCUCUGUUCCUGCUUCUUAAAAUCACUUCUCAAGGAUACCUCAGUGUGCAUUGGAUAAAUCAACUUUUUGUUGUGUGUGCCAAGUGUUAAAUUUCAGGGUUUGCCUCAGCAAUCAUUAAUUAAUGCUUCAGUCAUUAACUCAGAUGCCCUCUUUUUUUUUUUUAAAGAAAACCAUUUAAAAUGUUAUUUUAGGCCCAGAAAUCAAGGGGUGUUUGCCUUAAGCAAGUCUGACCUGGUAGUCCUUGCCGAGUGUUUUAUGUUGCUCUUUCCUCUUGUCUGCUCUUCUCUUGUCAUUCAUUCUCAUGAAUGAUACUUUGUAGUGAAAGAACACUUAAUACAGAAUAACUGACUAGGGUCUAAGAAAUGUUAAAGCUUUUCAUGACAUAAAGUAGUAAAAAGGAAAUGCUCUGACAGAUUCUCUCUUGCCACCAUUAAUUCAGUUAUCUUUAUGCUCUUUGUUUCUCUGAUGUAGCCAAACUGAGUCUAAGAAGAUACCGAUGUGCUAAACAGAAUAGCUUCUUUCUUUUUGCCGUAUGUCCCAGCUGAACCUCGUCUUUCUGAUGCAGCUUUCACCCAGUGAACCGGGAGAAGGCUUCUGGUUCCUAGACAGUGAAUAAUCUCUGGUCUUCAGCCAGGUGACAUAGGUCACUUAUUUUCCUGCUUCCCUGCUAGUCCUGUGGAUAAUGCUAGCCCACUCCAUGGGAUUAAUUAAGGAUAGUGAAAACCUUGAAAAUGUUUGUGCACUGUACGUAUUUUAAGCUUAUUACUACCACCUACUGGAUAGAAUGUAAAAACCUUCAAUCACUUAAUGCAGCGAUUUUCAACCUUUUUCAUCUCAUGGCACACAUAAACUAAUUUUAAAAUUUUGCAGCAUGCCGAAAAUAUAUUUGUUGCUGAUCUGACAAAAAAAUAGGUAUAAUUUUGAUUGAUUUACAAAAAAUAUUAAUAAUAGUAAUUAUCUAGACUUUGCUCCCAAGUGACUUUUUUUUAACAAAUCAGGUGCCUAUAGUUGUGUAUAUAAGGAUUUCUGGUACCAAGAAUUAACCAAUCAGAUGCUAUUUUAUUAUGCACUGUGACCAAUAAGAUGGAAGUCUAUUACAUCACUUACAUAUUUAUGGUUCAAGACGGGGCAUGCAUACUGGCUGGCUGUUGUGUUGUCUGUUGUCAUUCUUUUAUUUGACAAUCUAAGGGAAAAGAGGUCAUUCAGUGCUUCUACAGAGUGAGGUAUCACAUGUUUUAAAGAUUCUUGUGACACACCGGUUGAAAAUCACUGACUUAAGGUGACCAGAACUUUAAUAAAAUACAUUUAUGACCCUACUGGGUCUUCCUGUUUGGCUUUGUUUUGUUUUGAUUUCCCUUCUUAAAGUUGAGGCAGCAGAAAUUUAUAGAAUGCCCCUUAUUUUAUUGCUUAUCACAGCUGGCAACUAGUAGUGAUAUUUAAUCCAAUCCAACAGCUGUAGGCUGGGUUGAAUAAAAGGUCAUAUUCUCUGGAUUCCAACUGGAAUUAAGUCAUAGAGACUCCUAAAUUUUCCUUACACUUAAAGGAAAUCACUUUUUUAAAAAAUAUGAACUAAUCAGAAUGUUGUUGCUCUAAUUGGAAUCAAUUCAUUUGGCUAGCUACUUGAUACUCAGGAGUUUCUUGUUCCUUAGAUGGAAAACAUCUGUACGGUUACGUUUAUGCUAGUACCAGCUUUAAAAAAAAUCAGUGUUUUUCUUUAUUUUUGCUCGAUGUGUCCUCAUUUGAAAUUUCUCUGAUUCUACAUUAUACUGAUUAUGAAUAACAAAUUACAAAUAAAAAGUUCUUAAAAAGAAAA